CUGAAAGAGAGGACAAGAAAGGGAAGGCAGCACGUAGAAUCAGACGGCUUAGAUUAUUCUCAGCCCCGAAGUUUCGAUUCUUAUUAGUCUCCGGAAGGUUCAAGAGUAGUUCAAAUAGUUGAGUAGGUUUCUCUCUGUUUGGCGUUUCUUAUCCAAAACUCACCUGCUACUUCUCUUUUCUUCUCCCUCACUAAACCCUAAACGCUCUAUAGUUAAAGAAAGAGUAGAUGGCAUCUACAUUUGCUGCGAUGUCAUCCGCUGGCUCGUUGGCUGCUCCAAGCAGUCGCGUCACAGACAUGAAGUUCCAAAAGCUGUCAUCGUCGUCCUCCAUUUCCUCGUGUUCUUUCGUCAGAAGGCAAAAUUUCGUUAGAAGAACGCCUUCGCCAAGGAUUUCUGCCAUGGCCAAAGAGCUGCAUUUCAAUAAGGAUGGCUCUACCAUCAAGAAACUACAAACGGGUGUCAACAAACUCGCGGAUCUUGUUGGUGUGACCCUUGGUCCUAAAGGCAGGAAUGUUGUCCUUGAGAGCAAGUAUGGCUCCCCAAAAAUUGUUAACGAUGGUGUGACUGUGGCGAGAGAGGUUGAAUUGGAGGACCCAGUGGAGAACAUUGGAGCUAAAUUAGUGAGACAGGCAGCUGCUAAGACCAAUGACUUGGCUGGCGACGGCACAACAACAUCUGUUGUUCUUGCACAGGGUCUUAUUGCUGAAGGAGUCAAGGUUGUAGCUGCUGGUGCGAACCCUGUUCUCAUCACACGAGGUAUUGAGAAGACCACCAAAGCUUUGGUGUCCGAACUAAAGUCAAUAUCAAAGGAGGUUGAAGACAGUGAACUAGCAGAUGUGGCCGCUGUUAGUGCAGGAAACAACUACGAGGUAGGAAACAUGAUAGCUGAAGCCUUGAGCAAGGUGGGUCGGAAUGGUGUUGUGACCCUUGAAGAGGGGAAAAGUGCGGACAACUUUCUCUAUGUCGUUGAAGGAAUGCAAUUUGACCGUGGUUACAUUUCACCUUAUUUUGUUACCGACAGCGAGAAAAUGGCAGUGGAGUACGAGAACUGCAAGUUGCUUCUUGUUGACAAGAAAAUAACAAACGCAAGGGACCUUAUCAAUGUUUUGGAGGAUGCCAUCAGGGGUGCAUACCCAGUUUUGAUAAUUGCAGAAGACAUUGAACAAGAAGCACUGGCAACUCUUGUUGUGAACAAGCUUAGAGGGGCACUCAAGAUUGCUGCCUUGAAAGCUCCUGGCUUUGGAGAGCGCAAGAGCCAAUACCUUGACGAUAUUGCUAUUCUCACUGGAGGAACUGUGGUCAGAGAUGAAGUGGGGCUCACCUUGGACAAAGUAGGCAAGGAGGUCCUCGGUCAGGCUUCAAAGGUGGUUCUUACGAAGGAUACCACCACUAUUGUUGGUGAUGGAAGCACGCAGGAAGCAGUAAACAAGAGAGUUGCACAGAUUAGAAAUCUUAUUGAGGUUGCUGAGCAAGACUAUGAGAAGGAAAAACUUAAUGAGAGAAUCGCUAAAUUAUCUGGUGGUGUUGCUGUGAUUCAGGUUGGAGCACAAACUGAGACAGAGCUCAAAGAAAAGAAAUUGAGAGUUGAAGAUGCUCUUAAUGCAACAAAGGCUGCUGUAGAGGAAGGUAUUGUAGUAGGUGGUGGAUGCACCCUGUUGAGAUUGGCAUCAAAGGUGGACGGAAUCAAGGACACCCUCGAGAACGAAGAGGAAAAGGUCGGAGCUGAUAUUGUUAAGAGAGCUCUGAGUUACCCAUUGAAAUUAAUUGCCAAGAAUGCGGGAGUUAAUGGAAGUGUUGUCAGUGAGAAAGUGCUCUCCAGUGACAAUCCUAGAUACGGAUUCAACGCCGCAAGUGGAAAAUAUGAAGAUUUAAUGGCUGCUGGAAUCAUUGAUCCAACCAAGGUGGUCAGAUGUUGCCUAGAACAUGCAUCCUCCGUUGCGAAAACGUUCUUAAUGUCGGAUUGCGUAGUUGUUGAGAUUAAGGAGUCAGAACCGGUGCCUGCCGGCAACCCCAUGGGCAAUUCAGGAUAUGGAUACUGAGUAAUUUAAGCCUAGCAUGAGAGAGAGAGAGAGAGAGAAUAAAGAUCAAGCUCGGUGGAAAGCAAUACAACUGGUCAUUAGUUGGUAUAUAUAUAUAUAUAUAUAUAUAUAUUUGUGGGGUGACCAAGCUUUUUGUAUACAAACACAAGGAAUUCUAGUGAGAGGGUAGCUUAGCGUCAUGGAGUGCGGCUUGUAUUGAAUUUUGUAGUUUGAUCAGUGAAGAAUUUUAGAAUUGAAUUGAACCUAAAAGAACCAAUUUUUCAAGUUUUCUUCUUUUGUGCA